AUGCGUUUCGCUAUCCUAUUUUGUGUUCUUCUCGUGAGCAGUGUCUUUGGGUUCUCUCCUAGACACAAAAGAAGCAGCAGUUCGAGCUCUUCGAGCGAGGAGCAUCACGGUUUGCUGAUGACCGAAGCCGUGGACCCUUUGGCAGCUCAAAUGCCAUCAGUGGGUGCCUCGCCGCCAAUCGGAACACAACCCGUGCAAAAUGGUGGGCCUGUCUAUCCGAGCGGGGUUCCAAACAGUGUACCGUCUGUGACGUUAGGUCGU